AAAAAUGACUUCAUGCUUCUGCCUGGCCCGGCUCGCCUCCCCCCCCGGCCCCGUUUCACAAUCCCAAUGCUCUCGGACGGGGCGAGUGAGUGCUGUGUCAAGCCCAGCGCAAGCACAGGGCACACACCCCCGUGUUCUCAUGCCGGAUUUUCCCGGACCAUGAAUAAUCUCGAAGCCCCCUCGAUAAAUACACGUUCAGGGAUGCCCGGAGCUCAUUCGACCCGCCAGCCUCCCCGACGAGCAGCGAAGCCGCACCAUGAACUUCACCGAGGGAUGCGAAGCGACGGGACGGCGGCCGGGGAGCCGCCACCGGAGAGCGCCCCGUCCCGGCCCCGCCGCGCUGCUGCUGCUGCUGCUGCCGCUGCUGCCGCCGCCCGCCGCCGCCGCCCCGCUGCCCGACUCGUCCGGGGAGGCCGGGCUGGAGGAAGAGGCGGGGGCCCUGCCCGACUGCGAGUCGCUGGCCUGGCUGCUGCACAACCGCGCCGCCCGGCUGCAGGACGAGGUGGGUACGGGGCGCUGCGGGGACCCGCGGGCCGCCCUCGGGGCUCGGACGCGACGGCAGCUGUCGGUGUCUCUCCGCAGAUGUGCGAGAAGUUCACAGUCUGCGAGAACAGCAUGGAGAUGCUCGUCCAGAACAACCUCAACCUGCCCAAGGUGACGGAGGAGGACGGCUGCCUGCUCGCCGGCUUCGACGAGGCAAGGAACCUCUCCGCUCCUUCCUCGGGCGGCCUUCGGCCAGACCCGAGAGCUUCUGAAGGGCGCCGUGCCGGGCAUCCCGAACUGCUGCUGAUGUUCUCGCUUCUCUCUCCGCAGGAGAAAUGCCUGAGGAAGCUCUCCAGCGGCCUGUUCGCCUUUCAGACAUACCUGGAAUUCAUUCAAGAAACUUUUGCUAGCGAAAAGCAGAACGUCGAGUCGCUGUGCUAUGGCACAAAGCACCUGGCGACCACGAUCCGGCAGAUGGUGAUAAAUCCCGAUGAAGUGGUCAUCCCAGACUCAGCCUCCCAGAAAUCCCUCCUCUCCAAGCUGAAGUCAGACAAGGCCUGGAUAGAGAAAAUCACCACGCACCUCAUCCUCCGAGACUUUACUUCAUUUAUGGAGAAGACCGUGAGGGCCGUUCGCUAUUUGAAAAACACCAGGAGUUUCAGUGCCUGAAUGUUUUAGUUCGGGCACAGUCCUCUGUUACCGAUCUGUCACGUGGCAGAUGGCAGUGUUGUUCCAUUUCAGGAACCAGAUAGUAACAAUGGGUUGCAUUCGUAGACAUUCCCAUUUCCUUCUAGGAACCUAUUUAUUGUAUUUAAAAUAUUUAUUCUUUUCUCAUGUUUUUCUAUUUAUAUUUAAUAUUUUCAAUAUUUCGAAAUAAUAACUUAAGCAAAACACCUGUUUCAUUUCUUACGGUACUAUUCAGAAUAUCUACUUAUUUAUUACGUAUUCAGCGCCAAAGAAAAUGCCCUAAAUCCAGACUGUUGUGUAACUUAUGCUUUUAAAAUAUUUGAGAGAUUGUAUUUUUUAUCUAUUUAUAUUUUUUAAACAAAUAAAAGCUCAAUGGAAAAACAA